AUGGAGGUUGUGGUUGCAGGUGGAUUGGAUGAUCCCUUUCCAGGUCGCGUCGCAGGGUUUGGGAAUCACAGACCAUCGACUCUAUUUCUAGACAAUGUCAAUCUGAUCAUCCCCCCUCCCAGCGCGUCGCAUCUCUGUCGAUUCCCAGAAGAAGCGUGGGCGACGAAUCCAUGGCUUGCCGAAGAGGAAGCGCUCGUCAAUGGCACGCUACCGGCAUUACAGAACAAUAUCACUACGACGAACGUGACCCUGUUGGAAGAAGAAAUUGAAAUUGAGCCACAAGUCAUGGCACGCGACAAUAUGAAUGUGGCACUCUUUGUUUCCUACGGUGGAUGUCAACCAUCCCAAAAAGCCCGAGUGGCGGCGGCUCUACGACAAAAUUUCACACGCUAUGGGACCGUGACGCACUUGCUCAUUUACAACAAUAAUCGAAACGCCGAGAGCAUGGACGAUCUCCACACGUUAAUGACCUUUGUGGACGACAAGGAAUUCAGAGAUAUUGGAAUCAUCUUUGUCAGCACAAGAUCGGGAGUCGACAUUAUGGAAGCCAUCGAAACGGAAGAAACCAGACAACGAAUUGCCAGUCCCUUUUUCUUUGCCGACGGAAACGAGUUAUGGUACUUUCCAGUUUCCUUCCGGGAAAUACAAUUUGACAAGUACAGCGGCAGUGGCGGACCAUUGGGAGGAGGAAGCUCUGGCAGUGGCUUUAACAGCGACGGUGAUCCUUACAGUGGCAACAAUUUCGAUCCGCAACAGUACCCGCCCGCACAGCGAAAUGUCCACAAUCCGGACACGGACGACUUUUACUGGUUCCGACUGAUUGUCUUUUCCAUUCUCGUCGUAUCGCCCUGUUUUAGAGCGGCAUAUCUAUGGUAUGCGGGUGGAGCACGCAUUCGGUUUCGGUACAAUGAAGACGGAAGAGUGGUGGGGCUGCAAUACAUACCGCCCAUGCCCUACUGGUUCUCACCAAGGCCGGAAGAGCCGUAUGUGCCGACAGCCACACGAAUGACGCCAGAAGAAGUCCUGGCACUCCCGGAAGUUGUCUAUGAAGGAUCACCUUGCUCCGAUGACGAAGAAGAAGAAGAAGAAGACGACCAACCGGUGAUUGUUCCAACCAACACAGAACCAAAGACGGAAAUUAGUGACGCACCCGACCACAACAAUUCUACAACGGAUCUGUCCGAAUCGACAACCAAAACCCCGACAGCAGCGUUGUCGGAAAUUGACAAUAUGACCUCUUCGGAGACUGUGAGCCAUGCCGCAACAACUGACGAGGAACAAGGGAGGUCGACGUUUUCGGGAGGAAUGCAGUCCACGUGCUCCAUCUGUAUUGAUGAUUUUGAACAAGGAGAGAAAUUACGAAUGCUACCACGUUGUCGACACAUGUUCCACACAGAGUGUAUCUUGCCAUGGCUCACGGAAAGACAAGGCUGCUGUCCUCUCUGCAAGGUGGAGGUCAUUGAACAGGAACCCAGGGAACAACAGACCCUUGUCCAAACCACACAUGAUCAUGAUCCCACGGAAACAUUCCAAAAUGAAGAAGGCAUCGGCCAGCCGCAAAGGCCAAACUCGUUCUUGCCAAAUAAUACAACCACGCAGUCAUCAGCCUCCGGAACAAUCAGCAACAAUACCACUGCGUCUGGUGCGCAAGGCAAUCCCCGCGGUACGGACGAGGAAGCACAAUUCGUAGAUGUCGAUAUCGACAUUGAAACCUUCAGCAACGAACUACCACAACGACAAUCAACGUCUCCAAGAACAGCUUCGGAAGCCAGUAGAACCAAUACUGUCUCUGUGGUGCCGCUUGAGCCGGAACGACCCCCUCCAGAAGAGACUUGUGACUUUGAGAACGAGCCAGAUGAGUGUUGA